ACCAACCUCUGUUAUCACAGAAAGUGUGUUGGAGAGGCUUAGAGCUAGCUAUGGAUCCAGAAUCAGAACCUUCUGCAACUUCAGCACUUAGUGAUAAUAACUUCAAGGUGUUUGAGGUCGAUCAAUCGAAAGGUGGCGAGAAGAGACUUUUGAAUGCAUGCACAAGAGAUGGCUCAGUUGAUUGGUAUGGAAAACCAGCCGUAAAAGGGAGCACUGGUGGGUGGAGAUGUGGAAUGUUGUUAUUAGUCAAUCAAGGACUAGUUUCACUGGCAUUUGCUGGAGUUGAAGUAAAUAUGGUUCUUUUCGCCAAAUCAGUACUGAGGCAGACCAAUGCAGAGGCAGCAAACACAUUCAGCAGAUGGAUGGGAACGUUCUAUUUCUGCUCUCUAAUUGGUGCUCUUCUUAGUGACUCCUACUUGGGAAGAUACCUUACUUGCGUCACAUUUCAAAUUGUCCACAUCAUUGGGUUGAUAGCAUUAUCCUUGUCAACCAACUUAUUUCUGCUCAGACCUCCUGGUUGUGGUGAAAUAGGCCAGUUAUGUGAGCCUCAUAGACCAAUGGAAGUUGCUAUGUUCUACAUAUCAAUUUAUCUUAUUGCUCUUGGAAAUGGAGCCCCUGAACCCGCAUUGGCUGCCUUUGGUGCAGACCAAUUUGAUGAGGAAGAUUCAGAAGAAAGGCAAGCCAAGACUUCAUUCUACAGCUAUUUUUAUGUGGCAUUAAAUCUUGGAUGCUUGGUUGCCGAGACAGUAUUGGUUUACAUGGAGAGCAUGGGGCAUUGGGUGCCGGCCUUUUGGAUAUGUACUGGUUCUUCUGUUGUUGGGUCUGUAUUGUUUUUAGGUGGUAGUUUUCGGUACAGACACUUCAAGGCUUCUGGAAAUCCCAUUUCUAGGUUCUCCCAAGUGAUAGUGGCUUCCACGAGGAAGAUAAAUCAUGAGCUGCCCUCAAAUGGAGAAGGACUUUAUGAGACCAUUGGAAGGGGGAGUGAAACAAAUGGUUCGAGAAGAAUCCUUCACACGAAAGGCUUCAAGUUUUUUGAUCGAGCGGCCUUUAUUACCUGUGAUGAUAUCUCGCUGAUGUCAAACCAAGGACAAACUCCAAAUCCAUGGCAUCUUUGCACUGUGACACAGGUUGAAGAGGUGAAAUGCAUACUGAGACUAUUGCCAGUAUGGCUUUGCACCGUCCCCUCCUCUAUGGUGUUCAUUCAAGUGCUUUCUCUUUUUGUCGAGCAGGGAGCCGCCAUGGAUAGGAGGGUCUCAAACUUUCAUAUACCUCCAGCCAGCAUGACUGCAUUUGACAUUGUUAGCACCUCCCUCUUCAUCAUAUUAUAUGACAAACUCAUUGUUCCUUUGUACACCAAGGUAACAAAAAGAGAACCGAAGCCUCCAAGCGCGCUACAAAGAAUUGGAAUUGGCCUUACAAUUGGAAUUGUAGGAUUGAUAAUUGCUGGCUUUGUUGAGAGAAAGAGACUAAAAUAUGCUAGCAACAGCGGAGAAGAGACGAGUUCUUUGAGUAUCUUCUGGCAGACUCCACAGUAUGUGCUUGUGGGAGUGUCGGAGGCAUUUGUAUAUGUUUCACAAAUGGAGUUUUAUUCUUCACAAACACCAGAUGGACUGAAGAGCUUGGGGAUAGCUUUGUGGAUGACUUCAUCAGCAAUGGGUAGUUAUGUUGCAAGCAUGAUUUUAACGGUGGUGAUGGAGAUCACGACGAAGAAUGGACAGCCCGGUUGGGUUCCUCCGAAUCUGAAUGAUGGUCAUUUGGACAGGUUUUUCUUCCUGUCAGCUGGUUUAACUGCACUCAACUUGGCAUUGUAUAUUGUAUGUGCCAAGCGAUAUAAGUCUAUAUCAUUGGAGAAAAGAGAAAGUAUAAACUGUGCCUUAUAGUACUUGCUGAGAACAUGUUUAGUAAAAGUUGUGUUUGUACCAUAUUUGGAAAAUGGGCCAAAAAUAGUCUAUCUCUCAAAAAAAGAA